AUGAAAUCAUCUAUCGAUUAUGGAAAUAAGUUUAUCUUGGCGCCGAUGGUUCGUGUCGGAACACUGCCGAUGCGGCUCCUGGCUCUGGAGUACGGUGCUGAUUUAGUUUACACCGAGGAAAUCAUCGACUGGAAGUUGCUCCGAGCGGAAAGACACGAAAAUGAGGUGCUCGGUACGAUUGACUACAUCGAUAAGACCGAUGGCACGGUUGUGUUCCGGACCUGCCCAGCCGAACGAGGGAAAGUGAUCCUCCAGAUCGGUACGGCGUCCGUUGAUCGAGCAGUUGCCGUGGGACGCAUGAUGCAGAAUGAUGUAGCAGCGAUCGACGUGAAUAUGGGCUGUCCAAAAGAUUUCUCCAUCAAAGGUGGUAUGGGGGUAGCAUUGCUGUACGAUCGACCCCGUGCCAAAGCCAUCCUCGAGGCUUUGGUUGAGAGCGUAAGCAUUCCGGUAACUUGCAAGAUACGUGUCAUGCCCGAUCCGGACGAUACGGUACAGCUCGCGAAAGAACUACAGUCCACUGGGAUCAGUGCAAUAGGUGUGCAUGGACGCACGAAAACGGAACGUCCUCGAGAUCCAGUUAAUGAAGAUGCUAUUUUACGUGUGGCAACGGCCUUGAAUAUUCCCGUAAUAGCUAACGGUGGCUCACAGAGUAUAACACGCCGUCAUGAUAUAGUGAAGUUUGCUCAACGCUGUUCCACCACGAGCGUCAUGGUGGCUCGUGCCGCUGAGUGGAAUUGUUCCAUCUUUCGACCGGAUGGUCCCCUGCCGCUGGACGACGUUAUUCGUCGGUAUUUGGAACUCUCCGUGCGAUACGAUAAUUCACCCUCCAACACAAAGUACUGCGUGCAGAUGAUGUUGCGCAGCUUGCAGGAGAGUCCGAUUGGAAGACGUUUACUCGACAGUCAAACAAUGCAACAGAUAUGCGAUAUCUGGGACCUGGGAGACUAUUGUCGGGAAACUCAGUUGCGUUACCAUUUCGCUGGCAUCAAAGGAAGACGGGCAUGCCGGCCACGUACGCAGUCCGCAAACGGUGAUACGGAUGAAACAGAACCUGCUUCGAGCAAAAAGCAGUGCCUUGAGGAGUCACAGCAAACGGAUAUGGAACCAUUGAACGAAGAGAACGUUUGCUUCAUACGGUCCAACUUUACUGAUGACAAUACGUUACCUAAAUCCAAGCUCUAUCUACACGCUGUCCGCAAUGGGUUAGCACGGGCACAGUACGAAGUGCAGCAGAAGGAUAAACUAUUCCGGGCAGUCAUCCGGUUCGAUGGGCAGCGGUACACUAGCUCGUUCUGGGAGAAGAACAAGCGGUACGCAGAACAGGCAGCCGCCCUUGUCUGUCUGCUUAAACGUGGCGUAGAAUCGCGCGACGAGCUGAUACGCAACGGUGCCAUGUUGCCAGCCAAAAACACAACCAACUGUAACGAUGGUGAACAGAAUGGUGUUUGCGAGACGAACGGUGUACGUUCGGUUGGAGUAAUUGUAAGUGAUGUUAUUCCAGCAGUUGCUGAAAGUUGUUAA